AUGGCGCCCAUCGGAGCAAGCGUCUUCGCGACGCUGCUCAUGAACGAUGCCUACCUCCCAGGUGCUAUGGUCUUGGGUCACUCCCUCAAAGACCGAGGUGCAAAAGCUCCCUUGGUGGCCUUCAUCGUGGUCGACAAGCUAUCUGCCGACACAAUAAAAGAACUCAGAACAGUCUAUGACGAUGUCAUACCUAUUCAACAGAUCAUCAAUAAUCAGCCUGCAAACCUCUAUCUCAUGGGUCGACCUGACCUGGUUUCCACAUUCACAAAGAUCGAACUUUGGAGGCAAACGCAGUUCAAGAGGAUAGUCUACUUGGAUGCAGAUAUGGUCGCUCUUAGAGCUCCUAAUGAAUUGCUCAACCUAGACACAGAGUUCGCCGCAGUCCCGGAUAUCGGCUGGCCAGACUGUUUCAACAGCGGUCUACUCGUCCUCAACCCCAAUAUGGGAGACUACUAUUCCCUCUAUGCUCUGGCGCAGAGGGGAAUCAGCUUUGAUGGAGCUGACCAAGGCUUGUUGAACAUGCAUUUUCGCGAGUGGGAAAGGCUAAGUUUCAUCUACAACUGCACCCCCAGCGGUAACUACCAAUACGUCCCAGCCUACCGACACUUCCAGAGCAGUAUUGCUGUGGUUCACUUUAUUGGAAAAGACAAGCCUUGGACACUCGGUCGCGAGAACAAGUACAAUACAGGUGUCUAUGGUGAGCUGCUAGGCCGGUGGUGGUCUGUCUAUGACAAGCACUAUCGCUCAAAGGAGGUGUCAUACUACAACCCUCAAACCUAUGAGUCUCGGACAAAGGUGCAGGAUUUUGUGAGAGGCGAAGAACCUUUGUAUGUCUCGAGUCUCCCGUCACAACCUGCUCCACCAGAUCAGAGGGUGCCUUCCCCACCCCAGCAGGGUCAAAUCCCCCUCCCACCGGAGAUUGUCAUUACAGAUCCUUCUCAAGGCCAUCUCCAACCAGCCCAGACCGUAGAGCUGCCUUUGGGCGAUGCUCCGACUCCAGUUGUGCGACAAGACUUUACACCAGUCCCAACAGUUCAACAGAGGCGAUUCAGUGCUCCACAUGUCGAUUGGGAACCAGCCCGUGCACCUCCUCCGACAGACUCUAAACCCGAGGCUGCAAAUUUUCCAACAACAAUCUAUGACUUCAACAGCAAUACCGAUCUCUUCCAACCUCCCGCUAGUUAUCCUGAAGCCCCGAAGGAUAUGUGGUACGAAGUGCCCAAACAGGAGCCUCAACCUCAGAAGUUGAAGCAAAUUUUCCCAUGGGAGUCAAGAGCUCCUAAACCUACCCGUGUUUUCCCUCAAUCGAAGGCUCCGAGCCCCCCUCCUACGAUCGAACCCGAACCCGAACCCCAAGCCCCGACAGCCACUGAAGAAGAGGUGGACACGACAGGCCCUCCAUCGACCACGACCGCUUCAGACAUAACGGAAGCUAGUACUCCAACCCCGAUUGCACCUCCCAUCGAUCCAUGGGCAGCCUUCGAGUCCAGAACAAAUGCUUGGGACGAUAUGCCCGAAAUCGAAAGAUACGUCCAAGCAUUUAGUCAAGCUCGUAAAGGGAAGUUACAAGUGCUACAUCAUACCCCUUCUCCUCGCAAUGCCCCGGGCGUACCCUCCGUAGAUAACGAGCAACGACGACCAAGCAUGAAAUUGACUGAUUUUCCUACCGAGAUCGAGCGACCGAGCUUACCUGUAACUCCAGCACCGAUCCGAAGACCAAGCUUUUGGGGAGAAGAGAGAGACCAACUUGGGAACUUACCACCCGCUCAAGGUGUGCCAAAACAAGAAGAUUGGGUGCGUCGCUUCUCCUCCUACUCCCAGCCUGUGUUUCCUGAUUUACCACCCCCGUUGCACAAUCUUUUGCAUGGCAUUUUCUAUUGGAGAUGCCAAUAUUGUGGUAAACAGAACCCGGUCUCCAAACUUGAAGAAUUACAAAGACGGCAAAGUGAAGUCUUAAUAUCACCUACGGAAACAUUGAAAUUGGAGGACGGUCAAGAAUUGCCGCAAAGAAAAAUGCCUGAAAGUCAGAGUAAAGAAGCUGUGAUCCAGGCGGCCGACCUUGCCACAUCACCCACCAAAUCGCCAAAGGUGCCCAAGCCGAUAUUGAAGGAACCAAGAUUUGAGCUAGGAAAAGAGGAGGGCGAACCGGACUAUCCAGAGAUAUCACCGGAUGAUCUUAAACAGGAAAGUGUUAAAGGGGCACCUGAGGUCGCAGCGGUUGGGUCAUAA